AUGAGCACCACUCGCUAUUCGUCGGUCGUUCAGCUUCUUCUUUCAGCUACCCUCUUUCUUCAAGCUUCGGCCUUGCCCGCAGCUAAUGCUGUCCCUACUGUAACCAUUGACUCCGGUGUCAUCGUGGGCACAACAGCUCAACCAGUGAACCAAGCUGGGCCAACAGGCUAUGCCAAUGCGUAUCUCGGAGUACCGUUUGCCAAGUCACCACCAGAGCGGUUCUCCCCGCCUCAGGCGGCGCCAGCAUGGUCGUUACCAUUGACCGCUCAGGCUUUUAAGCCUGCCUGCAUUCAGCAAUUCACAAACCGUGGAGAUGCCCAAGUAAGGCAAAAGCAGUACUUUGGCAACCCCACAGGAGCUCUCACGGAAGAGAGCGAAGACUGCUUGUAUCUCAACGUCUUCAGUCCUCCCAGCGCCUCAUCCACAAACACCAAAGCUGUGAUGUUUUGGAUAUUCCCUGGUAACCUUCAAUUCGGAACAGCUAGCCUGCCUAUCUACGAUGGAAGUUCCCUCGCUGUUUCUCAAGAUGUUGUUGUGGUGACGAUUAACUACCGCACAAACAUUUUCGGAUUCUCCAACUCUCCCGAGAUCCCAACCGGCUCCCAGAACUCUGGUUAUUUGGACCAACGUUUCGCCCUCAAGUGGGUACAGGAUAACAUUGCGAAAUUCGGUGGUGACCCUUCGCGUGUGACCAUCUUUGGCGAAUCUGCCGGUGGUGAAUCGGUGAAGCAGCUGCUUGCAAACCCGCCGAGUCCACUGCCGUUCUCAGCCGCCAUCAUGCAGUCGCAACAGUCCAUGCUCAUCGGUUCGGGAUCGGAAAGCUACCAAAAGGUACUGAAGAAUUUCAAAUGCGAUACCGCCUCGUCGCCCAUUGCGUGCCUUCGAGAAAUUUCUGCAACGGACCUCAAAGCUUAUAUCGAGUCGGAGGCACUCGUCUUCCCUCCAGUGAACGGUGACGGCACUUCAGUCAGCGAUGUUCGCAGCAGCAUCUCCUCUAAGAAGUGGCCCAACAUUCCCGUCUUAUUGGGCACGAAUCUCAAUGAAGGCCGCGUCUUUCUCGCCGUGGAAGGCGUAAAAGACCCUAUGGCCUCGGCGAUGAGUCUUGUUGGGAUUAACUCAAGUACGACAAAGAAGUCAGUUCUUGACAAGUAUACUGCAUUCACCGACCCCAACGUGAUAUCCGACAGGAUUAUUACCGAUGCCAUCUUUACUUGUACAACCUCCACGUUGUCCAACUACCUUGCUAGAUAUGGCUACACUGCCUACCGUUAUCGUUAUGAUGCCUCAUUCGCCUCAACCGAUAUCUUCAAGAAUGCUGGGGCAUACCAUACAAGCGAAAUUCCCUCGGUCUUUGGCACCUAUCCGCUUUACAGCAAGUUUGGGUCCGUGACCGAUCAGCAGAUCAAGCUCAGCUCCUAUAUGCAGAAGCUUUGGUCGGGUUUUGCGAAGAAGCCGAGCGACGGUAUGGCAUGGCCAAAGGUCAGCGUUCUUGGAAUAGGACUCGAGCUUGGUGUGCUAGGCAGCGCUGCUUCAACUGCUGGUGUAUCGAAGAUCUUGCCGGCUUUGGCUGAUUAUCCUUGCGCCGCUUACUGGGCCCUGGAGGAUAUGAUGGGCUUUUCAUACUAG